AUGUCAUUUGUAUACACAAGCUUCGCUUAUCAAUUCUCUGUGCCGCCGGCAUGGCACGCCAAUAACCUGGGAUACAUGUUCAUGGACCCCAGCAACCCGGGAGCCAGAGUGAACGUCACUUUGGUCGUCAUUAUGCAACGUUACUUUGCAAGUUUUGUUACCUCAGGGUCGCCUAAUCCAGUUAGUGGAGGUUUCCUUCCUGAAUUUGCGUCCAAUGAGGGGUUGACUGUGCAAAAUCUCAAUAGCACCUUGGUUGGGCCUGUUCUAGAUGCCGCUGUCAAUGCGUCGAAGUGCGACUGCUGGCAGGAAGGAAACUUUAUCUAG